AUGGACCCUGAGACAUGGAUUACCCUCAGCCAGAAUCAGAAUCAGAUGUUCAACGCAAUCGAUAAAUUUCUCGUCCGAGAUGACCGUCCGAAGGUUAGGCAGGGGGUUUCUAGAUCAAUUGUUGGCACCUUGAAAAGACCUAUGCGUAACGACAUUAUUCCAUGUGAGGGGUUUGCGAAGUAUUUCUGGCAGAUUUUGGAUACGUUAUUAGUCCAGGACUCAAUAAGCCCUGAUUCUUCCGCAGAAUUCUACCAUGCUGCCCUUGUAAUAUUUCAGUUCCUGGGAAAUACCGAUGCCGCGUCAUUAGAGUUAGACCACUACCUCAGGACUUGGAGCUCCCGCCUGAUAGAGUAUCCUAUCACCGAGAUAGUCGGCCGUCCUAAGGAAGAUUAUAUAUUAACCGGUUUAUCAAAGCUGCUUUCCCAGUGUACAGCGCUUGCGCGGGAUCAAGCGAUAUCAGUCGGAAUGAAGGUGUCUGAGAGAAUCUUCGAGCGUUUGCUUUUUCCUGCAUAUCUAUUUGGAGAUCGGUACCAAGAUAUCGAAGCUGCCGAGCGGCUACCAUGCCUUCACGGGCCCACCCGCACAGAAAUAUACAGUCUUCUUCUUGAAUUGGUGAACGACCUGGAAUCUUCCACGCGAAUGGUUGCGCUCAAUCGACAGCUAUUCCCAAAAGAGGAUCCACUGCACGACAGCCAUAUCGCCGAUCGCACCAGAUGGGCAAGGUCCUCUGCCGGCCAUGUCGGUCUUCAAAAUAUGUCCAACACUUGCUAUCUUAAUUCUCUCAUUGCUCAACUCUUCAUGAAUCGCUCUUUUCGUGCCUUUAUUUUGGACAUGGACGCGAACCCCUCUGACGAAGCCCAGAGAUUGUUAUUCUCUAUGAAAGUUCUUUUCGCUCGGAUGCAAAAUAGUUACGCGAAAGCAGUUGAGCCGAAGGACUUUGUUGAAUCUAUUACAGAUUACGAAGGAGAGCAAAUUGAUAUCACAAUCCAGAUGGAUGUAGAUGAAUUCUACAAUCUGGUUUUUGAUCGCCUUGAAGGUCAGAUGUCUUCAAUGCAGAUGAAAUCGUCUUUUCGUGGGUAUUAUGGCGGCCAGCUAGUACAACAGGUAAAGUCGUCGGAAUGCGAACAUAUUUCGGAGCGCAAUGAACCAUUUUCGGCAAUCCAAUGCGAUAUCAAAGGGAAGACCAAUCUACAAGAAAGUCUAAAGGCAUAUGUUGGCGGAGAACACAUGGAUGGAGAUAAUAAGUACUCCUGCACUGAGUGUGGCCGCCAUGUGAAUGCUGUGAAGAGGACAUCCCUCAAAGAUCUUCCGAACGGAAUUAUCUUUCAUCUAAAGCGAUUUGAGUUUGACCUACAGACAAUGCACAGAAGCAAGAUCAAUGACAAGUUUGAGUUUCCGAACUGUAUUGAUAUGACACCGUAUACCACGGAUUUCCUGAGUGCCGAAGAAAAGGGGAAAGUCGCUCCCCUACCUGAUAUAUUCGAAUUAGUUGGGGUGUUGGUGCAUAGCGGGACCGCCGAAUCUGGUCAUUACUAUUCAUACGUUAGGGAUCGCCUUUCGGAUUCAGCUAACCCCCAGUGGCUUGAGUUUAAUGACUCCGAGGUUUCCUUCUUUGAUCCAUCUACCAUACCGUCGGCAUGUUAUGGGGGCUGUGAUAGCAUGGCAAGGGACUCAAUGGGCCAAACAUUUACAGUUAACAAACCGUACAGCGCCUACAUGCUUUUCUAUGAACGCUCAUCCUUUUUGAGAUCACCGAGCGGAAACUUGGGGACUGUCGGUUUCGGAAGGAAAUUGCCCCUUCCCCAUGACCUCGAAUGCGAAAUUCAGGCCGAAAACGAACGUUUUAUACGAAAAUACUGCAUGUUCGAUAGCAGCUAUAUCGAUUUCGUCAAAAAGCUGGCUGAUCAGCACCAUCGACUAAGCAAGACUUCUACCCGCUCGGAACAUCUUGCUGAGAGGAAGGCACUUUUGCUUGCAUUGGAGACGUUCGAGCAGAUAGCAACUAGGUUCAAGGAUCCAGGAGAGGCCGAGGCCUUGCACAGCACAAUCCACACGUAUCUGCUGAGCUGCCCGGAUUGCUGCCUAGAUUUCCUGAACUGGAUAUCAGACAAGGAGGAAGCUGUCAGGAACCUGCUCGUCUGUAACCCUUACCCUAAACCGAGGCAAGCAGUGGCAAGGCUGGUAUUGGUAGCACUAACCCAAUUACGACGGAAACGACCGGGAACUUACGGAGCCGACGAAAUAAAACUUGAGCAUGAUUAUGACGAACGAGGGUCCGACAGUACCUUGUACAAGGUCUGUAGUGCCCUUAUUGAGUCUUGGGACGGUCUCCAGUACACUGCCAAGACCUGGAACGACUAUUUCGGUCUCUUAGCAAACAUCGCAUGUUUAGGACAAUUUGAGAAGUCGACUAUGCUAGAACUAGGGUGUCUCAAGAAAACCCUGCAGCUAUUGGUGAUAGAUCAUUUACCAGCUCCGAAGAAAAAGGAAUUCAUGUUCGACAACUUCACAAAGAUCUGGAGUAAGCGGCGGCCGCCGAUUGGCAAUGCCGGGAGCCUUCUCUGCGAGCUGAUGAGUUUAUGUGACCCCAACUUGCUGCCAUGCCUAGACGACGAUAGGCGCAUUAUCGACGAGCGCUGUGGAAGGUUUCCUCUAACUAGGACAGAGUACGAUUUGUUCACGUUCAGUGACGAUAGGAACGCCAUGACCGCGGUUACAAGGCUGCUGGAGUCUCACAGUGUUAAUGAUGCGAUGGCCAAUCUCGUUUCCAAUAUUGUCGCAUCGGAAGUAGCUCCCAUGGAGGGAGGUAUCCUUGAUCUUCUUAAGUACACGUUGAUCAAUGGGGUUCCAGUUGAUCCCGCUCAGGAAGCGCUCCCCUUUCUCACAUGUCUUACCCAGUUUGUUGCAUGCACCAGGUCCCCAAAUUACGUACGGGAAAUCGUUCGACGGGUCGCUGAGGAAAUUCCUACUAUCGGUACCGAUGGAGGCGCGGAACACCUAGCUUUCUUCCAAGACCUCCUCAAGGUUCGCAACCCAGUUAUCAAGACCAGCAGUACCAGACUCCGAAUCCUCGAGCAGAUAGGGUCUUGGGCGCCUCCGUUAUUAGUUUACUGCGAGGUUGGAGUUCGGGAGGAAACGGAGCUGUUCCUCAACGAGAUACUUUUUGAUACACUUGCGAACGGUGAUCGUCCAAAAUCACGUACAGCGGUUGAAAUGUUGAUGGAUAACUGCUUCACCUACCUCGAGACAAGGUACACAAAACAACGCCACCAAUGCGAUGAAAAGACUUUUGAAAGCAUCCUGAGAGUGCUGGAAAAAUGUGGCGAGUAUCAGAGCGACGAGGAAGUUUUCAAAGCUCGAUAUGAUAGUUUGCGGGUUUUGAUAGAAAAGAUGAUCCUCGAGGAGGAAGAGGACGCUGAUCUAGCCUCCGAUGAAUGGGGAGGAUCCGAGAUCGGCAGUGACACGCACGAGAUGGAAGUGCAACUUGACGAAUAUAACAGUGCUUAGAUGUUAAGAUGCGCGUAUCGACGUGAGGCGAAGGGUGUUGUUGGGAGUAUGGGAGGGGGGAGCAUUACAGUUGUCUGCCUUGCCUAGAUUUUUUUCAUUUUUCCUCUUUUCAUUUUCACUUUUUGCUCUCUUACGCUUUCUCUUUUUCGACAAAAAAAUCGCAACUUGGGGCGUUUGUAUUCUUAGGGUAUGGAUUCUUCUUUUACUAUGAUACUUGAAAUAAAGUUAGGUAGUCAUUGAUUGGGUUUUGUUGUCUCGCUUUGUGAUUCAAACUUUUCUCUCCUCAUUCACCAUGUUUCCUCUAUUUUCAAUCCUUAUUUAACUUGGAUGUUUUUGUUAUUAUCAUCAGAUCGUGGUAUUUGCUCCACGACCGACCCUACUACCCUGGUAGUGUCGAGGCUAGAAAAUGGAAUACUGGAGCAAUGGACGCGGA